AUGGGCUUUGCCGGCUAUCGUCAAUACGCCUCCCAGUCCACGAUCGCCGUCUUUCGGGAUGUAGCACCGGUUCGGAAGUACAGGAGAGACCUCCUCCUCUCCGGCCGGACGGUGGGCUUUGUACCUACAAUGGGCGCUCUGCAUGAUGGCCAUAUAUCGCUAGUUCGACAAGCUGCCCGAGAAAACACAGAUGUUGUUGUCAGCAUAUAUGUGAACCCGACCCAGUUUGGUGUAAACGAGGAUCUGGAUAGCUACCCUCGAACAUGGAACGAAGACUUGCAGAAACUAGAAACGUUGAACACGGAGUUUGGAGCAAACGCAGCGUCUAAUUCUGGCCGUAUCACAGCAAUUUUUGCCCCCACUACCAAAGUCGUCUAUCCCACUCUGCCUCCCACCUCCGAGUUGAACGGGGACGGCAGCUUCGUUACGAUAACACCACUCGCGAAUAAACUCGAAGGCGCCUCGAGACCUGUCUUUUUCCGUGGCGUUGCUACCGUGUGCACCAAACUCUUCAACAUUCUCACUCCUGACCGUGUCUACUUUGGCCAGAAAGAUGUGCAACAAUCUAUUAUUAUAAAGCGCAUGGUGCAGGAUCUCCAUAUAGAUACCGAUGUUAGGGUUGGCCCUACCACAAGAGAGCCAGAGGGCCUUGCGAUGAGCUCCCGAAACGUGUACCUCGGCACUAGACGGCGGAAAGCUGGCCUCGUUCUAUCCCGCGCUCUAAGAGAGGCGGAGAGUGUCUAUCGGUCAGGAGAAAAAUCACGAAUGGCUAUUCUUGGAGCGGCCUAUGCUAUUGCAAAUGCCGUGUUAGCAGAGCAAGAGCUUCUUCCUGCAUCUAAGCGAGUGAAAUUCGAGGUGGACUACAUCUCUCUCGCUGACCCGUGUUCGUUGGAUGAGUUAGAAUGUGUUGAUGAAUCAAGGGGCGCGGUUUUGAGCGGCGCCGUGAAGAUGCAUCCAUUGGAAGAGCCACAGCCGGGGGAAGACUGCGGACUUGGAGGAGGCUCGGUUCCCGUGAGACUGAUUGAUAACAUUAUCUUGCAGCCCUCGUCUUGA